UUAGCUUGUUUUGUUUUCCAAAAAGCCCCGACACCUAAAGUCAGGUUUCUUAAAGGAUAAACCCAACAAUCCAUUGUUUUUUUGGCACAAAACGAGCCGAAAUUUUCGUUGGAGACAAAAUGUCCCAAGUUUGGUUGCCGAAAAAUUAGAGUUUCGAUAGACGGUCGGUGGUGGUAAUUUCCAGGGCUCCAAAACGGCGCAAAAGAGGAAGAGUGAGAGUGAGAGGAAGAAAGAGAGAGAGAGAUUGGGGAGACCGGAGCUUGAAUUGCUCCGAUUGCCGAUAAGCCCAGAAAUCCAAAGCGAUAAGGUCGUGAUAAAAGUCGCCGCGAUCACGAAUCUUCCGGAAUCAACCUGGACUUGCGAUCCGCAGCCGCAACAACCACGAGAACCCCAAGAACCACGAUAACCGCAAGACCGCAAGAAAGAUGCCCGAAUACGUCCCGGCGCGCGGCUUCAAGGAGAUGGAGAACCUGCUGAAGCUGCACGAGAACCAUCGCAGCCCGAUCUACAUCUACUUCUAUGGCGAGAAGGACAAACAGGGCCGCAGCUGGUGCCCCGACUGCGUCGCUGCCGAGGACACGAUCAUGAGCGCCUUCCGCCUGCACGCCCCCGCCGACUGCAUCAUCCUGGUGGUGGACGUGGGCAGCCGGGAGUACUGGGUGGGCAAGGACAACGAGUUCCGGAAGCCACCCUACUCGGUGGACGGCAUCCCGGCCCUCCUCCGCUCGGGGGUGGAGCGCCUGGACCAGGACCAGCUGCUCAAAAAGAACCUGCUGGAGCUCUUCUUCGAGGAGACCGAUCCGCACAAGAGCGCUGUUGCCCAAUAAAGUGCCUCUGUGUCGCAUCACAAGA